AUGGCGUUCCAAGACCAGAACAAGUUCUUGUACGCUUUGAGCUCGAACCAGGCAUGGGCUGGGUACAAAUCGCACCAAAACCCUGCCUUCUUCAAAAACCUCGCUUCGGGGCAGUCGCCCUCGAUAUUGUGGUUAGGCUGCUCUGAUUCAAGAGUGCCAGAGACAACAAUACUCGGGCUUCAGCCCGGCGACGUAUUCGUCCAUCGCAACAUUGCCAACAUCGUCGCGCCCACGGAUAUCAACACCUCAGCCGUCAUCGAAUACGCUGUCGUACACCUCAAGGUCAAGCAUGUUGUCCUCUGUGGCCACUCGGCCUGCGGUGGUGCUAAGGCAGCGCUGGGCGAUUCGCGUGUCGGAGGCGUCCUGGACACCUGGCUUACGCCACUGAAAGCGGUUCGCGUUCAAAAUGCCGAGGAGCUUGCUGGCAUCAAGGACGAUGACCAUCGUGCUGUCCGAAUUGCCGAGAUGAACGUGGAGACUGGUGUCAAGGUCUUGAUGGCUAACUUUACGGUCCAAGAGGCCAUGAAGGAGCGUGGUCUUACAGUCCACGGAUGUAUUUUUGAUAUCGCUAGCGGUCGUAUCCGUGAUCUUGGGUUUGGCACCAAGUUUCCGAAGAGCCAUAGGAGCAGCAGCAUCCUUUCCAACGGCGGGGAGGAAGAGAUUGUCCGCGGAAAGCAUGCCCAGCUUGUGUUUAGCGAUGGAGGAGAUGCGUCCAUGCUGGUCCGCUGA